GACCCUAGGGCCCAUGAGCAGACAGUGUGAUUUCGCUCCGCGUGCUGAACUUUAAAUAGUUCAAUAGGUGUCUCAAAAUCCGUUUUCAGAGGUUAACUGGAGGCAAUGAAAUACUGAAGUUAUAGUACUGAAACUACGACAUGAUGUACCCCAUUUUAAUUUGUUAAAAUUUGAUUUGUAGGUCUGUGCAUCUACUUCAGUGGUGCCGCUUCAGCCAUUUCAAAUGAAUUACCCCGCAUGCCGUUAACAGAAGUUGACGCACAUGUUCCUAAUCAUGACACCUGAGUCUUGAAAGUAGUCUUCAAAUAGUGUUUCGAGGCAGACAGACAGAUAUUUGACACAUCCCCGCGGUUUCCUGUACAAUAAUAUGGCCUUUUCUCUGAAAGAAGACCUGAGGCUCCAUGACCACUGGCAUACAGGCUCUCAAACCCUGCCUACAUGCAGCAAUGGUGAUAUCUUCCGCCGAAUUAACAAUAUGUUGGGCAACUCUCUGGACCUCACUGGGGUGUGCACUACACCCACAAACCACAAGGGGGAGCGUGUCCAUCACCUGUCAGACUUACUAGAUGGUGAUUUUGCUCCGAUGGGUAGCCCUAUAGGCAGCAAGGUUCCUUGCCCCUCCAGAGCCCAGGGCUCUACGCUCCGUAGUGGUGGCCUGUCUGACCUCACUCAGCUGGGCCUGGGGCUGCAGUCGCUCAGCCUAGCCUGCUGGGAGCAGCCCUCCGCUGCCAUGGAGCCUCCGUCGCACACCAACUCGCCCUCCAUGCUAGGCAUGCUGGGUAGCCCACUGGGCCAGCCUCUGGAACCUCUGGGCACCACAGAUCUGCUGGCGAUGUUCCCUGGGCUGAGUCAUGGUGGGAAUCCCCGCGUGGAGGGGCGCGCCUUCCUGGACUCGCGCUGCAACAGCCCGGCCGACUCUGAAACCAGUGGUUUUAGCUCCGGAUCGGACCACCUCUCUGAGCUGCUGUCUUCUCUGCGGAUCUCUCCGCCCCUGCCCUUCAUGAUGCCGGGGGUACAACAGAGGGACCCCCACAUUCUAGGCACAGCCGUUAGCUGUUCUCGCCUGGACCUCCACGACGACAACUCUGCUCUCAGCCCUGAGCCCCCCACCCUACCGGGCCAGGGCCGCUGUGGGGUGCCCCUGGCCAAGCGCUUUCCCCAGGCCUCAGUGUGGCCCAGCUGGGACUUGCUGGAGGAUCCCCAAAAGCCCUUCAACAUCGAGAGGGAGGCUCGCCUGCACAGACAGGCUGCAGCUGUGAACGAUGCCACCUUCACAUGGAGUGGCCAGCUGCCUCCCAGGAACUACAAGAACCAAGUGUACUCAUGUAAAGUGUUCCUGGGCGGUGUGCCAUGGGAUGUGACUGAAGACAAACUUCUUCUCUCCCCUCCCUCCACAGCCAGCCUGGUCGGCACGUUCAGCAUGUACGGACCUCUGAGUGUGGAGUGGCCGGGUAAGGAUGGGAGGCACCCACGCUGCCCACCCAAAGGUAAUAUGCGUAAAGGCUAUGUGUAUCUGGUGUUUGAGAGUGAGCGGUCUGUCCAUGGGCUGCUGCAGGCUUGCACCCAGGACCUGCUCCACAAGGAUGACUAUAGGGAGUAUUACUACAAGAUGUCUAGCCGAAGGAUGCGCUGCAAGGACGUGCAGGUAAUCCCUUGGGUGCUGGUUGACAGUAACUUUGUGCGCUGCCCGUCCCAGCGGCUGGUCCCCAGUAAGACUGUGUUUGUAGGAGCGCUGCAUGGCAUGCUCAACGCAGAGGCCCUGGCCUUCAUCAUGAACAACCUCUUCGGAGGGGUCAUGUACUCUGGCAUCGACACUGACAAACACAAGUACCCUAUAGGGUCGGGACGUGUGACCUUCAACAACCAGAGGAGCUACCUGAAGGCUGUGAGCGCCGCCUUUGUGGAGAUCAAGACUCCAAAGUUCACCAAAAAGGUUCAGAUCGACCCCUACUUGGAGGACUCCACGUGCCAAGUGUGUAACCGACAACCAGGGCCCUUCUUCUGCAGAGACCUGGCCUGCUACAAGUACUUCUGCCGCUCUUGCUGGCACUGGCAGCACUCCAUGGACGUGCUCCGCAGCCACAGGCCUCUCAUGAGGAACCAGAAGCGCUUGGACUGCAGCUAAGCUGCCUGCCAUGGCAACACUCCAGGGGGCUCCAGAGAUCCCCCACAGGAGCUGGAGCCAGGAUGAGGGAUAGGUUAACCACAGGAGCCCCAGAGCUUGUUGUCCCCCUCAACAGGGCCCAGGGGAAGAACCACUAGGAAUAUUCACUACUGCACUGCGAUCUCUUUUUGCCGUUUACUUGUUUUCACUAAUGGCACUUAUGCACAGUAAAGUGUUGGAGUCAUUGAGACAACUACUAUUACAAUUCAGGGCAGGACAUUAAAAGGCAUCCAUAGAUGUUCCUAUCCCUAGAUUUUGAGUUUAUUUUGUUGUUGAUCCUUCACUUUAUAUAUUUCAGGUCCCAUUGUCCUUCAUUGCAGAUGCCAGACUAUGCCUUUUGUUUUUUUGUGAUUUUGACCAUCCCACCACACCUACUAAAAUUCCUCAGAGGUAGAUGUUUUUGUUGGGGGGGGGGGGGGGGUGAGGAGUUUGGGAAUCAGUUGUCCAGUAGCGUACCUUAAUAUUUUUACGCAGGUAUUUUACACAUUUUUACUCAUGGUUUUAAGUCCUAACAUGGUAACUUAAUAUAAUAUUUACUUGACUGCUUUUUAAUUUUUUGGGGACGAUUUUUUGUUUUUGCCCCUUCAAAGUAAUUGCCUGGGGCUGUCGGUUUGUACAUUUAAUUUUUUAGAAAUAUGAAGUGGUUGAAGCCUUUGCUCUGCCUAGCUGUGUCGGUGCUCCAGCGUUUUUAGCCAUCCAUUGCCAGAUGCUGACCAGUCAAACCAACAGGCUUUCAACUAAUGAUCAGAUAAUAUGGAAAUAACACUGGAACAAACCUUGAUCUCGACUGUACAUAGUUUUAAUCAACUUAGUGUUGUACUUUUUAAUUUGUACUUGAGAAGGUUUGACUUGUUUUUUUAAUCACCUGUUAUCUUCUUUUCAGCAGGACAGAUGUCAUUGGAAGUGUUUUUCUUAGCCGCUUGGUUCCUGUUGAAUGUAGAACUAACUUUGCUAGUAUGAUGCGACCAAACAUGGCUUACCUCCCCAUACCCUUCUCCCACCCCUUUUGUUGUCAUCGGAGGCUCUGUUCCAAAGACCUAUUGUCAUCCCUCUAUUUUAUCAAGUUUCUUGUGCUGCUUUUUAGGGUUUGAAAGUCUACCUCAUUGGUUUGCUAAUAUUGCUAAAGUUGCCUACAGGUGUGGAUGGUGUUCUGAUUGCACAAUAAAGGUGUUGAAGCAUUA